UUUGUUAGCAGUUAUUAAAAAUUUCUUGACUAUUAUUAACUAAAUAUUAAAGACAUAAUAAUAAUGCCUUUAAAAUUCGUAAAAUCUCAAAAAGGUAAAAAUUUAUUAGUCCACGAAGGUUAUACCUAUACGUGUAAAACUGUAAAUAAGAAGAGCAUUACUUGGCGAUGUAACGAACACAGUCGAAAAUUUGCUUGUUCGGUAAUUAUUCACACGUCAUCACAAGAUAAGAAUGGUAAUAUUAUUGGAGAUGUUCCAAUACAUAAUCAUCCUGCUGAUUUAGCUGAUGUUAAAUCUAAAGCGAUUCGAUCUACUUUAAAGCGUCGUGCUGUUAGUGAUGAUGUUGGACCAAUUGGAGUUAUUGCCGACGUUGUUAAAAACGUUAAGUCACCGGUGGCAGCGCGUUUGGGUACAAUUUCAUCAAUGCAGCGUACAAUCCAGCGUGCUCGACAAAAAACGAAACCAACAGCUCCAGAAAAAAAUCUUGGAGAUUUUAUUGUGCCUGAUGAAUCACAACGUACAUCUAAAGAUGAACAAUUCUUGCUAUUUGACAGUGGUGGUCAUAGAAAUCGGAUUUUAAUUUUUUCCACGGCUUCUAAUUUGAUAAAAUUGGCUGAAUGUGAGAUUUGGUGUGGCGAUGGAACCUUCCGUACUGUACCGGCCAUUUUCAAACAGUUAUAUUCAAUCCACGGCGUAGUUGGUGAUAAUACGAUGCCACUUGUAUACGUUUUGUCUUCAAGUAAAUCUAAAUCGAUUUAUUUAAUGAUUUUGCGUAAAUUAAAAGAAUUACUACCUGAUAUGAUUCGUUUGCGUCGUAUGCUAACUGACUAUGAGUUAGCUUACAUGAAUGCAUUUAAAAUUGUAUUUCCUGGUGUUAAUAUCAGUGGAUGUUUGUUUCAUUACACACAAUGUGUAUGGCGACAUGUUCAGCACUAGGGUUUACAAUCACUUUAUAACAAGAACAUACGUUUUUCUGAAAAUAUACGAAUGCUCAUGGCACUUGCAUUCGUUCCAGUUCACGAUGUAAUUUCAGCGUAUGACGAACUUACUAAAAGUAAAUUUUAUGUCGAUCAUGAUGACGAAUUAUGUGGUUUGCUCGAUUAUUAUGAGUCAACAUGGAUUGGUGUACUGAAACGCAACGGAGUUGAUCGUUCGGAGCCUCUAUUUGCUAUUCAAAUAUGGAAUUGUUAUUUGAGCGUUAUAAACGAUGAACUAAGAUCAAAUAAUGGAAUGGAAGGUUGGCAUCAUUCCUUUAAUGAUUUAGUUCGUGUUAGUCAUGCUAACGUUGCUAAGUUUAUAAAUGUAUUGAGAUCACAGCAAACACUUGUUGAAAUGAAGUUAGUGCAAUUAAAUACUGGUUUGUCAUUACCUAAACGGCGUCUUCUUUACCGUAAUUAUAAUGAUCGUAUCAAAAAAAUUGUGGUUUCAUAUGAUAGCAAUAAUAAAUUGCAGUUUCUUAAAAAUAUU